CAAUGGCUUCAUCCAGUGAAUUGAACAGAAGAAAAACAAUACAUGCUGAUUUAUAUUUACCUCUUGAAUGUUGGGAAUGUGUCAUCAGUUUCCUCAUUGACCACAAUCCCAGUUUGGAAUCACUCUCCCUUGUGUCCAAACAGUUUCUCUUCAUCACCAACCGUCUCCGAUUAUCUUUCACAAUAUGUCAUCAAACCUUCCCUUUUCUUCCUAUACUAUUUCGUAGAUUCACCAACCUCACCUCCCUCAACCUCUCGCGCUUCUGUGGUGACCUCAACAGGCUUCUCCACAAAAUCUGUCGUUUCCCAUUGAAACUUACAUCACUCAAUCUAUCAAACCAAGACAUGAUUCCGGCGAAUGGGUUGCGAGCUUUUUCCAAAAAUAUUACAACUUUGACCUCUCUCACUUGUUCCAAUAUGAGUUUUAUCUGUAGCAGUGACAUUUCCCUAAUUUCCGAUUGUUUCCCUUUACUUGAAGUCCUCGACCUCAGUGACCCAGACCACUGCGAAUUCGACGCGUCAGAACCUCUUUUAUUCACUCUUUUUAAACUUCGCAAGGUUAAUCUCUCUUUUCAUCAUUACAUUGACGACAAAUUGAUUUUCCGCUUGUUCAAAAAUUGUAAGUUACUCGAAGAGGCUAUCAUGUUGGACAGUUAUGGUGUAACCUUUGACGGUAUUGCUUCUGCUCUCCGCCAGAGACCAGCAUUGAGGUCUUUAUCCUUUUCCAAUACUUGGGGACAAGCGAACGAGGUAUACGGUGAAUCUUACAUUACUUCACAAUUCAUUGCUUCCUUGGUGAGUUUGAAGUAUUUGACUUGUCUUGAUUUGUUAUCUUCAAAUAUUUCCGAUGAAUUGCUAUUCUCUAUUGCAAACGAAGGUUUACCUUUGAUGAGACUUGUUCUCCAAAAUUGCGCCGGCUAUAGUUAUUCUGGAAUAUUUUAUUUUUUAUCCAAGUGUCAACAUUGCCAACAUUUGGAUCUUCAAAAUGCUGCUUUUCUGACUGAUAAACAUGUUGUGGAGCUGUCUUUAUUUCUGGGUGAUUUGGUAUCUAUAAACUUGUCUCAUUGUUCGUUGCUCACAAUAUCUGCCUUCUUUGCACUCAUUAAGAGUUAUCCUUCACUCAGUGAUAUCAAAAUGGAACACACAAGUAUUGGGAAAAGAAGUCUAGAGAGUUCUAAAUCUUUGAUGGAUUUUACUUCACGCCCUCAGGUGAAGUAUCUCCGUUUGGCUCACAAUCCGUGGUUAACAGAUGAAAACAUCAUAAUGUUUGCUUCCAUUUCCCCCAAUUUACUGCUGUUUGAUUUGAGCGGUUGCUGUGGCAUAGAAGAAGGUGUUGCUCAAGUGUUAAGGAUGUGUUGUAACAUUAGACAUUUGAACUUAUCCCGCUGUUCAAGAGUGAAACUACUUGAAAUAAACUUUAAAGUUCCCAAAUUGGAGGUGCUGAACCUAUCAUAUACAAAUGUUGAUGAUGAAACACUUUAUGUGAUCUCAAAGAGUUUCCGUGGACUUUUGCAACUAUUACUGGAAUAUUGUAAUAAUGUCACAGAAAUGGGAGUGAAGCAUGUGGUAGAAAACUGCAGGCAACUCAGAUUGAUAAAGUAAAAUGGUUGUCAUAAAGUGCUUACUAAUGUUGUUGCCUCGAUUGUAUUUUCAAGUCCGUCAUUG